AUGAUCGAAGAUAGUUUCGCCGAUACCGUCAUUCAUGUUCCUAAUAUCACCGGCAAGAUUAUGGCCAAGAUUAUUGAGUAUUGUAAUCGACACGCCGAAACACCCAAAUCCGAAGAAAAGACUUUUGAUGAAGAACUCAAGAAAUUUGAUGAAGAUUUCGUCCAAGUCGAUCAGGGCAUUCUCUUUGAUCUUAUUCUGGCUGCAAAUUACUUGGAGAUAAAAACCCUACUGGAUUUAACUUGUGAGGCUGUGGCGGAUAUGAUUAAGGGAAAGACUCCUGAAGAGAUUCGUAGGACUUUUAAUAUCAAGAAUGAUUUUACUCCUGAGGAAGAAGAAGAAGUUCGUAAGGAGAAUGUUUGGGCUUUUGAGUAG